GGAGGAAGGAAUAAAUGCAAGAUGGCUCCUCAUAUAAAAACAGUCUUCUGGGUCGCCCUCAACGUGCUACAAAAUAACUCUUUACACCUUAUUAGGUUGAAAUAUUUAUCUGCGAAGAGUUCUGAAGGGUAGCGUUAGCUAUAGAUUGAUAUGCAUAUGGUACUCGGCGAUAUUUUGUGGGAGAAGAUACCGAAGAGACAAGAGGGAGAACUUUGAAGCCAUGAAUUGGUGGUGAACUCACUCCGCUCGGUAGACACAGUUGGGGUGGUCAGAGGCACACGGCCUGGGCCUCAGCUAGCUAGCGGUAGCUGCUAACUAGCUAAUGACUUCAGCUAGCUGCUGUUAUCUGCCGCAUUAGGAACGUUAAACAGCAGAGAGGAAAACGUCUCUAAUUACUGUCUGCCUGUUGAAUGUGGGGAGUGAAAGGCCAUACAACAACUGGCCAUGGCUGUAUCAAGACUUGAUCGUUUGUUUAUCCUGCUUGACACCGGAACAACACCAGUAACCAGGAAAGCAGCAGCCCAGCAGCUUGGAGAAGUGGUCAAACUCCACCCACAUGAACUCAAUAAUCUUCUAUCAAAGGUCUUGACCUACCUAAGGAGUCCCAACUGGGACACUCGAAUAGCAGCAGGCCAAGCUGUAGAGGCCAUUGUGAAGAAUAUUCCAGAGUGGGACCCAGCACCCAAGCCUAAAGAAGAGUCUUGUGAAGACUUGUCUCCAGAGGACUCCUCUUGUGACCGAUUGACUUUCUACCACUUUGACAUCUCCCGCCUACUCAAACAUGGGGCCUCUCUGCUGGGAUCUGCCGGGGCUGAGUUCGAGCUGCAGGAUGACAAAACUGGCGAGAUGGACCCUAAGGAACGUCUGGCCCGCCAGAGAAAGCUUCUUCAGAAGAAGUUAGGUCUGGACAUGGGUGCUGCUAUCGGCAUGGACACGAAUGAGCUGUUCAACGAUGAGGACUUAGACUAUACCUGCCAAUCCAGAGCCCAUGGAAGCAAAGCUGCAGCUGGAUCCAGCUCCCGCAACCAUGUGCCCAUUCAGGCCGCUGAGCUGAUUGACUCUGAGUUCCGGCCAGGCAUGAGCAGUCGUCAGAAGAACAAGGCUAAGAGAAUGGCCAAGCUAGUGGCUAAACAAAGAUCCAGAGACAUUGAUCCAAAUGAAAAGAGUAACGACAGUUUUGAGGGUGAACCUGAAGAGAAACGAAGGAAAACCACCAACAUAGUUAUUGACCAACCGGCAACAGAACAUAAAGUCUUAAUCGACAACGUUCCAGAUAACUCCAGUCUUUUAGAGGAGAUACAUGAGUGGCCUCUGGAGAGCUUCUGUGAUGAGCUCUGCAAUGAUCUGUUCAAUCCUUCAUGGGAGAUUCGUCAUGGUGCAGGCACAGGUCUUAGAGAAAUCCUGAAGUGCCAUGGUGCUGGGGGUGGGAAGCUGGUGGGAAGCACUGCAGAACAGAUGUUACGGCAGCACCAGGAGUGGAUAGAGGACCUGGUCAUCCGGCUGCUCUGUGUCUUUGCACUGGAUCGCUUUGGAGAUUUUGUGUCUGAUGAGGUGGUGGCUCCUGUCAGGGAGACGUGUGCCCAGACACUCGGUGUGGCCCUUCGCCACAUGAAUGAAACUGGUGUUUCAAUGACAGUAGAUGUCCUGCUGAAGCUGCUAAAAGAAGACCAGUGGGAGGUCCGUCAUGGAGGCCUGCUUGGGAUCAAGUAUGCCCUGGCUGUCCGACAGGACCUGAUCUCUGUUUUACUGCCCCGUGUGCUCCCUGCCAUCACAGUAGGUCUACAGGACCUAGAUGAUGAUGUCAGGGCCGUGGCAGCUGCAGCCCUCAUCCCUGUGGUGGAAGGCUUGGUACAGCUACUGCCCAGUAAGGUACCCUUCAUCGUAAACACACUUUGGGAUGCUCUUUUGGACCUGGACGACCUCACAGCUUCCACCAACAGCAUCAUGACAUUGCUGUCCUCGCUGCUCACCUACCCACAGGUCCGCCAGUGCAGCAUGCAGCAGUCAUUAACGGUCUUGGUUCCUCGGGUUUGGCCGUUUUUGAGACACACUAUAUCAUCAGUAAGACGAGCAGCACUGGAAACCCUUUACACGCUGCUGUCUAAAGCUGACCAGAGCUGUGCAAUCUGGAUAAACCCCAUCCUACAAGAUAUGCUCCGGCACAUCUUCCAGUCCUGUAUACUGGAGAGCAAUGAGGAAAUCCUUGAACUGAUUCAAAAGGUGUGGAUGGAGCUGCUGUCUCAGGCCCCACAGCAGUACGUGGUCGCAGCCAGCUGUCCAUGGAUGGGUGCCUGGCUCUGUCUCAUGAUGCAGGCCUCACACAUUCCCAUAGACCUGAACAUGCUGCUGGAAGUGAAGGCUCGCUCCAAGGAUAAGGCUGGUGCAAAGGCACGUCAAGGGACCAAUCAGGUGAAGGAGACAGUCCAGGAAUAUAUAGCAGGUGCAGAAACUGUGACAGACGACCCAGUGACAAGGGACUAUGUGGUGGUUCGUUCUCGCCUCAUGGCUGCCAAAUUGCUGGGGGCUCUGUGUAGGUGUAUCUGUGACCCUCAGCUCAAUGCUGCAUCUCAGGAGAUCCGACCAGCUGAGUCUUUAGGCCAUCUGUUGCUCUUCCACCUCAACUCUAAGUCUGCCCUGCAGCGCAUAGCUGUGGCUCUGGUGCUUUGUGAGUGGGCUGCGCUGCAAAAGGAUUGUCAGUUGGUGUCCGCAAUGGUGCAACCUCGCCUUCUGGCCAUUCUGUCAGAGCACUUGUACUAUGAUGAGAUCGCCAUCCCCUUCACACGCAUGCAAAAUGAGUGCAAGCAGCUUAUUGCACUGCUGGCUGAUGCUGGUAUAGAUCUCCAAGACCGCCUCAACUGUAGCGUUUUCACUAUUGAUCAAGCCAAUGAACUGGUAACCACCAUCUUCACGGAGUCGACGGCAGGUCUGAACAUGAAGUCCAAUCAGUGGCAAGCAUUAGACAGUAAACGACAGCAGGCUCAAGCAACUGUGGCGGAGACCAGCACAGAAUGGCAGCAGCUGCACCUGCGCGUCCACAUGUUCACAGCCUGUGCGGUGAUUAACCUGCAGGUGCUUCCUGAAAAGCUCAACCCACUGGUCAGGCCUCUGAUGGAGACCAUCAAGCGGGAGGAGAACGCCCUGAUCCAGGGAUACGCUGCCUCUUUUAUAGCUAAGCUGCUGCAACAGUGUGCUGGACGCUCGCCGUGCCCCAACCCCAAGAUCAUCAAAAACCUCUGUGCCUCGGCCUGCGUGGACUCUGCGGUCACACCCUCAUCUGCUUGCCCCGUGCCCCCCACACAGGAAAAUGCCAAAGGCAGUGGGUUGGAGAAAGAUUGCAUGCAUCACAUGGUCAACAAAACCCGAGGAAUCAUCACCCUGUACCGUCACCAAAGGGCAGCCUUUGCUAUCACCAGUAAGAGGGGGCCGGCCCCUAAAGCCCCAAAGACCCCCACCACAGAGCUUCCUCCUGGCAGCACCAUCUGCACUGAUAAUGAUGAGAGCAAGAAGCCGUUUCUUAUUCAGAGACGAGGGGCAGACUUCUCCCUAACAACUAUUGCCAGGCACUUUGGUGCAGACUUCACCAAGUCUCUGCCGUACCUAUGGGAGAACACAGUGGGACCACUGAGAACAGUGGUGACUGAAAAUCAACGCAUUGAUAGGCAGGCCCAGCUGGACAGAGGAGACGCUGCAGCUCAGGAACUGGUCAACUCUCUACAAGUGCUGGAGGUCAUGGCAGGGGCCAUGGCUGCUGAACUCAAACCUUUGCUACUGGAGCACCUACCCCAUUUGUUCACCUGCCUGCAACACCCGUACACAGCGGUGCGUCACAUGGCAGCUCGCUGCGUGGGAGUGCUCAGCAAGAUAGCCAUGCUAGAGACCAUGAACAGUUUCCUUGAGUUUGUACUUCCCUGGUUAGCUGCUAUUGAUGACUGCACCAAACAGGAGGGCGCCAUCGAGGCUUUAGCCUGUGUCAUGGAGCAGCUUGAUGUGGACAUUGUACCCUACAUUGUGCUGCUUGUAGUACCAGUGCUGGGCCGUAUGAGUGACCCCAGUGACAGCAUUCGUUUCAUGGCCACACAGUGCUUUGCUACACUCAUCCGCCUGUUGCCUCUAGAGGCAGGUAUACCCGACCCCCCUGCCAUGUCUGCUGACCUGAUACGCCAGAAGGCCAGAGAACGCCAUUUCCUAGAGCAGCUACUAGAUGGUAGAAAAUUGGAGAACUACAAGAUCCCCGUGCCCAUUAAGGCUGAGCUCAGGAAGUACCAGCAGGAUGGAGUGAACUGGCUGUCCUUCCUGAACAAAUACAAGCUGCAUGGGAUCCUGUGUGACGACAUGGGCCUCGGCAAGACACUGCAGUCCAUCUGCAUUCUGGCAGGAGAUCACUACCUCAGGGUGCAGGAAUAUGCCAAGACUAAGGCCGCAGACAGCAGCCCCCUGCCCUCUCUGGUGGUGUGUCCUCCCACACUGACUGGCCACUGGGUGGAUGAAGUGGGCAAGUUCUGCACCAAAGAGUACCUCAACCCGCUGCACUACACUGGGCCUCCCACAGAGCGAAUGCGGUUGCAGCACCAAGUGAAAAAACACAAUCUCAUAGUAGCCUCUUACGAUGUUGUACGGAAUGACAUCGACUUUUUUAGAAAUAUAAAAUUUAAUUACUGUAUCCUUGAUGAGGGUCAUGUCAUCAAGAACGGGAAAACCAAAUUGUCUAAAGCCAUUAAGCAGUUGGCUGCCAACUUCCGACUCAUCUUGUCAGGAACGCCCAUUCAGAACAAUGUCCUGGAGCUCUGGUCACUGUUUGACUUCCUCAUGCCGGGCUUCCUCGGAACAGAACGCCAGUUUGCUGCUCGCUACGGUAAACCAAUCCUGGCCAGCCGCGAUGCCAAAAGUUCCUCACGGGAACAGGAAGCAGGUGUCUUGGCGAUGGAGGCUCUACAUCGACAGGUGCUACCCUUCCUUCUGAGGAGGAUGAAGGAGGAUGUCCUCCAAGACCUGCCUCCCAAAAUAAUUCAGGACUAUUACUGCAACCUGAGUCCUCUACAGGUUCAGUUAUAUGAAGACUUUGCAAAGUCUCGAGCCAAGGCCAGUGUGGAGGAUAGCAUCUCGAAUACUUCCACAGAAGAAGAGGAGAAGCCUAAAUUGAAGGCCACAGGCCAUGUCUUCCAGGCGCUGCAGUACCUGCGGAAGUUGUGCAACCACCCGAGUUUGGUGUUGACCCCGCAACAUCCAGAGUACAAACGCAUCACUGAGCAGCUUGCAGGUCAAAACUCCAGCCUGCGGGACAUUCAGCACGCGCCCAAACUCUCCGCCCUCAAACAGUUGCUGUUGGACUGUGGUCUAGGAGGUGGUGGAGGAUCAGAGGGAGGCACUGAGGCAGUGGUGGCCCAGCAUCGUGUGCUCAUUUUCUGUCAGCUCAAGAGCAUGCUGGAUAUUGUGGAACAUGACCUGCUGAAACCCAAACUGCCCUCUGUUACCUACCUGCGGCUGGAUGGCAGUGUGCAGGCAGGCCUGCGCCACUCCAUUGUUUCCAGGUUCAACAAUGACCCAUCCAUUGACGUGCUGCUGCUGACCACCCAUGUUGGAGGUCUAGGUCUGAACCUGACUGGUGCAGACACUGUGGUGUUUGUGGAACAUGACUGGAACCCCAUGAGGGACCUGCAGGCCAUGGAUCGUGCCCAUAGGAUAGGACAGAAACGGGUUGUGAACGUGUACAGGCUGAUAACACGAGGAACACUGGAGGAGAAGAUCAUGGGUCUGCAGAAAUUCAAGAUGAGCAUUGCCAACACUGUCAUCAGCCAAGACAACGCCAGCCUGCAGAGCAUGGGCACAGAUCAGCUGCUCAACCUCUUCAGUCUAGACAAGGGCGAGAAGAAUGAGAAGGGCGAGCAGUCGCCGUCAACCUCAGGGAAGGCCUCCAUGAAGUCUGUGCUGGACGGCCUGGGAGAGUUAUGGGACCAGCAGCAGUACGACACGGAGUACAACCUGGACAGCUUCAUGCACUCCCUGCAGUAGCACUGUGUGACCCCCCGCGUAGCCUCCAGCCGCUGGCCGAGCAGGACCUGGUCAGAGCCGAGGAGCGCCCUACUGCUGCGAUCAUCUGCCCCACUCCUACUCCCACCCCCCACACCUUCAACAAGAGGAGUCACUGAUAGCUAAUGGUUACAGUCCCAAAGCAAUAACUAAAACACAGCCCCAGAACUAAAUCUAUAUUUUAGUGCUUAGGUAUGCUGCAGCAAUGUUAAAACGUCUUCUGAUGUUUCUUUGAACAUUGUCAGAAUCUCAUAAUUCCUUGUUGAGAGCAAACCACCCAGGUUUUCAACAAGCCCUCUUCAAAACUGCUAAGAGAAUAUAAUGGUAUGAUGAGACGUACCAUCUGCAACAAACAUCUCCAGUGUUAGUUUACAUCAUCUACAUUAGUAAACAGCAGCGUCACCACUGUGUACAGUGAUGUAGCUGUAGUCUGUCAAGCAGAGUGUGUCAUAAUUACAGUUAUCUUUUAUAGUAACAGCACCAGGUGCUACUUUUACAACCCGCAGCCCUCCUCCCAUGUUGCUUUUCCACAGUAUAGUGUUAACUGCUUCAGACACCAUUACCCAGUUGAACCUCCCUCCUAUCUGCCCCACUGCCACCCUCCCCCUCGCCCCCUAUCACAAGGUCUUAAAAGCACUGCGAUUCUCAGCCGCACCCGUCAACGCCUCUCUGACUGAUGGAUACAAACAUGUUUUUGUAUGACAAAGGGAAACGGGGCGAGAGUGACGAGCUUGCUGGAGGAACCACAGGACGUCAUCACAGCAUACUGGCUUUUUGAAGCACACUGCUGAGCUGUUUGUGCUGUGAAAACACUCCCAUCCUCCAGAUGGCGCUGGUUUGUUCUCGCCCCCUCGAGUCUGUUCACAUGACCUCAGGUGGAAAUUCGGUGGUAGAAAUGAUGUGUCUCAUGUCCAGCUCCUCUAAACUAUGGUGUAACAGUGACCUGGGAAAGCACUGCAUUUGAAGCAGCAUUACAGAGACUGAACAUGGGGCCAAGCUGAAACUUCCUGAAACUUGUCACCAGUAUUUUAAAAAAAAAUAAUAGACUUGUACAUAUUUCUGUAAUUGCUGCUUUUUGUUUAUGAUCGUGGAAUUGUAAUAAAUUCUACAGACCUUUUGAACUACAUACUGUAGCUAUCUGUUUUCUUUGCAUGUGAACAGUGAUGGCCAGUAGAUGGUGUGGUUGCACCGGUUGCACACCCAUGUAGAGAAAUACUGAUAAGACAGGAAUGAACCUAAAAUAUGGUCAGGAGUCUUCUUUUGACACAAGAAGCCCUGCUGCAAAGAAAGAAAAAUCAAAGAAAAGAAGCAGACACAGUUUUUUAUUUCACUGAGAACUCUGAGGAGUUAUUGUCCACGCUGACCUUCAAGUUAAGUUUCUGAGUUCAUUUUUGGCGUAUAAAGUCAAAUGGACCUUGUGGUAAGACUACCUUGUCUCCUUCUGUUUUCAAGGCCAAAAAUCAAGUUUAAGCUUAGUUUUUAAGCCAACAUGGACAAAAAGUCCUCUGAAAUACCAAGCACAUUGGAAAUUUAAUGAAUGCACAAGUAAGCUGAAAUGGUUUUAAAAUUCAUCUACAAUAGAAUACCUUAGUGUGUAGUCAUCACUAAAUACUUACUACCACUAGUACAUGCCAGCAAAUUUCUGACUUUAAAAAAACUAAAUGUAUGUGUUUCCAAUUAUUCUUUAAAAUGCUGAGAAAAUGAGGGCAGGUUUUACAAUUUCAAAUGUUAUUUUAAUUUUAAAUAGAAGAUUGAGGAAUGCUGGUUUGCUUUUCUGAUCUCGUCGUUCUUGGAUCAUGUGACUGAUGGCACAUAACCUAUUGGGUCUGCUUUGAUUAUCCUCUGUGGUCUAGAUGUUCAAGUUAGAAUUUUUCAUCUUGAAUUUUGGCAUCCAAUUCAAGAAAAUAUUUCAUUUUAAUAAUUAUUAUUAUUAAAAUGAUAAUUAUUUUUAAGUCAUUUUUUAGAAACUUUUUUUAUCAUGAGACACCUGGGGUUUUUAAUCUGAAUAUGUGAAAUCAAAUAAAAAUGCUAAUUUUAUCACUUAAAAUGACCCGUAAGUUUCAAAGAGAGACUUAAACUCACAUAAAUUAAGAUGGAUUUUCAAAGUAAAAUAUUUCAGUUUAGUCCACUUACUCUAUAGGACCCUUCAAGUCCCAAAAGGUGAAAUGCUUUAUUUUGUGUGCACAUCUUUUGGGACUUCAAGGGCCCUGUACUAUCCUGACAGCCUGUCUUUAUUCAACAAAAUUUGUACAUGUUCUAUGACUGUAAUCUCUAUCUGCUGAUGAAGACUAUGUGAUCUGCUGAAAGGUCCAGAAACUGAUCAUUAUGUAUGCUUUGUCUGCCUCACCAUCUGAAUCAAGAGUGAAUCCAUUCUGCUGAAAGGACAGAUGAAGCUGCAGAGGGCCACAAUGCACGUUAGUACUGGUCAGCUCUUCUCUAAGGUCAGGUGCAUGACAGGGGAUAGAGGUGACAGACAGGGAGAGGAUGCCAUGCCAAAGACCACAAGGUUUCACAGGGUCAUACAACUACGUUUAAUAAGAUUUGCUUAUUAGUACAGAAAAAGGAAAAAUUAAGGUGGAAACUACAAACUCUGAAGCAGUAGUAAGCAUUAGCAGCAUUGAGCUCCAUGUUUUCAAAUCACAGUUAUACUGCAAAAAGUUCAGACCAAGUCAACAAUCUCAAAAGCCUCGCCAAGAUAGAACCAGUGUUCAAGUCAGGAAAUAAAAAAAAUCUAGAAAACAAAAGCAUAUAUGCCUUAAUAAAAAUAAAACAAAUGUACAUUUCAAAAGUAGUGGGAUGUUUGUGGAAAAAAAAGCACAUUACCAAUUUUUUUUUCAUCUAUUUUGAGAUCACAACAUGACGAGACUGACAGUGUUUACCUACCCAGAGAACGCCCAUGAAGCAGAAGUGAAUAUACAGUAUACUACCCAAGUCUAGUUACAUGAAAUACAUACGUAUAUCUAUAGAGAGGAAUAUAUAAAAUGGUUGCCAUCAUCCAAAUCAUGAUCUUUUUCAUUUGCACAUACACGUUGUGUUAUAGUUCAGGUAUAAAUUGUUUUGUUACGUGAAAGAGAAACUUAAAAAAAAAGGCCAGGAGAUAGAUAAAUACUUGGUGGUAUGGUGGUGAAUAAUACAGAGCCCUGGAAGAGAGGAAAGAGUGGGACUAGUUUAAAGACAUGAGGGGGUUGGUAUUAGCAUCAGCUGUAUAAACUGGUAGAAAAGGCCAGCCAGAAAUAACAUUCUCACAUGAGCAAUGGAGUCUCUUUUUGGAUGAAGACCAGAAGGGACAUCAAAAACACUUCAGCCAUAGUUGAAGACAUGUUUAGACAUUUUGGGAAAUGUGCUUAUUCACUAUUUCAUUGAGAGUUAGAUGAGAAUAACAAUACCGCUCUUGUAUCUGUGGAGCAGUGUAAAGCUUGAGGCUGAAGCUGGUGAGCUUAGCUUAGCAUAAAGUUUGAAAAAGGCUAGCAUGUGAAACAGCACAUUCGAGUCUUAUGAUGGAAGGAACUAAAUUAGCCUAUGGACAUUAUUAAAAGAUUUAAAAUAGACUACUUAGGUAUUUAAAUUCAGAGCGUUGGUGGUGAAAGCAAACAAAUCUGUCCACACUCUAUCAAAUUCUGUAUUUUCCUCCGAGGCCUUUUCGUAUUUUGAUUUGGAAUCAAUAGCUAGCUUAGCUAAGGAAACCCAAAACUGCUGUUUAGGUUUAGCAAAAUUAAGACGAAAAGGUGCAAGGCCAUAGAGGUUAGCGCUCAUUUUAGUUGACGAAAUGUUAACAGGCUACAUUUUUUUAUUCUGUGUAUGAGCUACACACUUUUACAAACGAACAAUGUAAAUCAUUUUAGGCCUUCAACAAUGAUAAAUGAAAUCAAAAUAUUAAAAAAUAACUAUUAUUCAUUUCCAUGAACUAGUAAUUUUUUGUCAAAGUCAUCAAAGAGAGGCUAAUAAGCCGCACGUGGCCUACUUUCGGGUUAUUCGAAA